AGGGGGGCCCAGGGUACCCUUCUCGGAUUUCCUCCACUAAGGGCUCGUCGAGAGGGAGAAAGAGAUGGGAACAGAGAGAGGAGGGCUAGGCGCUCUUCUCUGCCUCGCCGUCAAGGUGGCAGCGAGUCGUCCCCAAGCUCCAGGCCAAAUUGUGCCGUGGCUGCCGCUCGUCCUCCUCCAUCCCGUCUUCCCCCCGGGCGCAGCAUCCGAGAGCUCUGGCCCAAAUGUGCACACGUGAGGACGCAAGGAAGGUAGGUGGUGAGUGCGCAGCAGUGGUGACAUAGUGAGGCGGCAUGCACAGCAACCUCGGUGGCCGACGGUAUUGAUUGGACUGCUGAUGGGUGGAAGAAAACGGGGACAGCGAAGGCAGCGACGGAGCCAUGAGGCCAAUAAGCCCGCAAUUCCUCCACAUGAGAUCCGAUAGAAAUUAGCUUUGACCGAGAUAUCGGCAUAACACCUAUGAGGGAGCUUCUCAUUCUCGGCGAGGAUGACCCGGGAACGACGAGGAGACGACACAGGCUGGAGACGUCUGGUUGGCUGAAUUAUGUUCGAUGCUAAGUCAAUAUAGCCACACAGGCCAUUCUAGACUGUUCCGACCCCUGGGGAGGAAAGAAAGGGAGGAGAGAAGAGAGAAAAAAAAGCCGCAGCACGAUGCGCAGGUGGAAUCCUAUGCGAUAGUCGUGAGAG